AGCUGCACCUGCUUCCAGCUCGAACCACUGAACCUGUUGCUCUGGGACUUUCUGGGUUGGACGCGAUGCCUCGUUUGCCUCUCGUUUACGUGGACUUCUUCUACGGCCCUCUGACCGAGGACGUGGAGGAGCUCCUCGCUCGCUUCCAGCUCACGGACUCGGUGAGGUACGAGGACUUCUCCGCCAUCUGGAGGGGCAUGGGCUUCUCGGACGUCUUCGUGGGCAUCACCAGCAUGAUCGAGAUGAAGAGGUUCUGCAGGAUAUGCAUGGCCACGGCCUUGAAGUACUUCCUGCCUCCGUACAGCUACCAGAUCCGAGUGGGCGGCCUGUAUCUGAUGUUCGGCUUUUACCACGCUCAGCUCGCCAGCCCGCCUGUGACGGUGAGACUCCCCCUGAAGGACUGGCCUCACGUCCAGACCUUCCUCAGAGACACCGUGGACUCCGGCCACCUGGACGUGGUGUACAUAUUCCAGAAGCUCGUGGCAGACAAAGCCGUCCACUACGCGGCCAUGCCGCAUUUUCUCACCUUCCACAAGCAGCGGAAGCCGAAGAAGGAGGCCGUGUGCGCCGAGUUUCUGGGCCGGACGACCGCGGUGCACGAGCUGGUCUCCGCGAACGUCGUGGAGGAGGUGGCCAACGUCCAGAACCACUACGAGAAGCUGAAGGAGUCCACCGCGGAGGUGGGCGCCCACGUCGACAUGACCCACCGAGACUUCGCUUCCCGCCUGAGAGGCUGCAUGACGGAGUUCGUCGCGUGGCAGCAGAAGACUUUCUCCUCCUCGCAAGCCAAGAAGGACGCUGUAGAGGAGGAGGAGGAGGAUGAGGAGGAGGAAGAUAAUGAAGAGGAGUCCAGCAGCAGGAGAGCCAGGCUCCUCUCCGCCAUCAAGCAGAAGAGCUACAACAUCUACCGGGAGGCGUCCAAGUCCAGGAGACACCGGCAGGCGGAGACGGUGGACGUGUGCAGCCGGGGGCCGGAGCAGGAGGCGUCGGGUCUGCAGAGGAGGAGGCCUCCCUCCCUCCGGACUCGCACCUGCCAGAGCCUCGGGAUGACGGAGGAGGAGGAGGAGGACAACCUGCAGUCCUGGCUGCUGAGCGCUCCGGACCAGCGGGAGAGGGUCCCGGUGAGGAGGGUCCAGAACACCCCGCCCUUCAAACCCUGAGGGAAGGAAGGAAGGAAGGAAG